AUGGAGCGAACAAUCAAGAAGCUUACCAACUUGAUCAAAUCUACGCAUCUGAUAGGGGCCAAUGCAUCGAAUGUUCUCCGUCACCAAGCUAACUACAGCAAAAUGGCCGUGAGACGUUUGGAAGCUAUUCAGUUCCCUGAAUCGAUGGAUCGUCCUGACACUUAUCGCCUCGAUCACGACAAUCGGUCUCAUUCUUCAAGUGUUCAAAUCUGGUCUCCGUUUGUGGCGCAAUCCUUGUCAGGUCCAGAUGAAGAAGAGAUAUGCUUUGGGGUCCAAAGAUCAAACGUAAUUGACGCAUUGUAUUCCUAUUACGAUCGUAAGGAUGGUCAUGCUAUUGAAGCUUUGACCUCGUCGAGAAUUGAAAUUGCUGGUCGUGCAUGGAAAGAUGAUUUGGUGUUUUCGUCUAUCAUGGACAGAACUUUGAAGAGACUCAAAACAAGAGCAAACAGUCAUGUUCUGUUCCAGGCACCUAAAAGUACGGGUCAUAGAACUCUUUCUGUUUGGUUUGUCGGUGUUGUGCACUGUUACUUCAGCUAUGUCCAAGACGGCAAUGUCAAUUUUCUGGCUAUCGUUGAGGUGAUGAAACAGCAGCAGUUUGACAACUAUAAUGUCGUGACAGUUGCUCGCAAUUCAAGAGGGGAUCGGUAUAAGAAGUACGCGGUAAUAUCGAUUUCCAACAUUCUUGAAGUUGUAGGUCUUGUUCGGUAUUCUGCUUCAGAUAACCUCUUCAAGGUUGUUUGGCCUUACAUCAAGUAUACCGAUAAGAUCGGCCAUCGUCCUGCCGGCUCUUUGGGUGAUCUUUAG